CAAAGCAGUUGCUAAAACUAUUCUGUCGGCACGCACUCUUACUCUCGUUCUCAAGUUCGGCGGCGCCGCCCCUCUCUUUACUCUAUCCAUCUGAAAGUUCCAGUGGGAUUUUCCUGGAGAAAAAUGCGUCACUUGAAUGUAUGCAACUUGAACACUAAAAGCUAUGUGCCUGCUACGUGCCCCCGUAAAAAUUGGAAAUGGAGCCCCGCACAAGCUGCCAUGAUCCAUAAGUACCAUCUUCCAAUGCGAAGUUUGGAGGUUAAAAACAGGACAUCAACAGAGGAUACAAAGUCACUUAGGUUGAUAACAGCCAUUAAAACUCCAUAUCUACCUGAUGGGAGAUUUGAUCUUGAAGCUUAUGAUGAUCUGGUUAAUAAGCAGAUGGAAAAUGGUGCUGAAGGUUUGAUUGUUGGCGGCACAACCGGUGAAGGACAACUAAUGAGCUGGGACGAGCAUAUAAUGCUUAUUGGCCACACGGUUAAUUGUUUCGGUGGAUCAAUUAAAGUAAUUGGAAAUACUGGAAGCAACUCCACCAGAGAAGCAAUUCAUGCCACUGAACAAGGUUUUGCAGUUGGCAUGCAUGCUGCCCUUCACAUCAAUCCUUAUUAUGGCAAAACUUCUAUGGAGGGCUUGAUUUCUCACUUUAAUUGUGUGUUAUCCAUGGGGCCAACCAUUUUAUAUAAUGUACCAUCACGAACUGGGCAAGAUAUUCCCCCUCGUGUGAUUGAAACUCUGGCUCAGAGUGCUAACCUGGCUGGCAUUAAAGAGUGUGUUGGUAAUGAUCGAGUUGAGCAGUAUUCAGAUAAUGGGAUUACCGUGUGGAGUGGGAACGAUGACCAGUGCCAUGAUGCUAGAUGGAACCAUGGGGCUACUGGGGUGAUAUCUGUCACCAGCAACCUUAUUCCUGGGCUGAUGCAAGAACUUAUGUUUGGAGGAAAAAAUCCUUCACUCAAUUCUAAGCUGAUGCCUCUGGUUGAGUGGCUAUUUCAGGAGCCAAACCCCAUUGCAUUAAACACAGCUCUGGCUCAACUUGGAGUAGUGAGGCCAGUUUUCAGAUUGCCGUAUGUACCUCUUCCUCUGCAGAAAAGGAUAGAUUUUGUGAAUUUAGUGAAGAAAAUUGGGAGGGAGAAUUUUGUCGGAGAGAAGGAUGUUGAAGUUCUGGAUGAUGAUGACUUUAUUCUGGUUGGUCGUUAUUAGUUAUAGUGUUUUAGUUUGCCUUCUGGUAGAAAUGAAGUUUCUUCAUAUUUUGGGUAGUUGAAUGUUUGGACUGAUUCUCUUAAGCUUUCUUGCAUGCUGAUGCUGCCUAUAGAUAUUAGAGGUAGAAAGGUUUCUAGUAGUACAAACAUUGUGAAGUUGAUAUCAGUUUCAGCGUUUGGAAUAUGUACUAAACAGGGGAGAGAAGUUCUGUUAAUUGAUAAAAUGUUUGAAGAUCAUAGAUGAUGAUAGACUAUUUGAUCAUAUUAUAUUGUUGCUUAUUGGUGGUUGAAAUGGUUGACAAUGAAUAAAACUAUAUGUAUAAACUAAAGUAACAGUUUCGAUGAAGUGAUAUGAUUGUUUACUUUUUUAUUUA